GUCGGUGACACGUUCGUACAAACCGGCGUACGUAUUUUUACGAGGCUGCAGAAAAUAUUCCAAGCAAAUACACGAAUUCUUUCGCAAUUCUCUUGAAUAUUUCGCACAGUGUUAGGUAACCGCAUAAUAAGUACGGUCGAAAACUAUCGAAAGUGGUAAGAUUCGAUCGACUGCUGUAACCUGUUGUGACCUUCGCUCAGAGCGUGAAGGGCAUUAAACACUGCAACGAGUGUUCGAGAAAGAAUGUUGCAAGUCGAUGACAGAAAGGCUCGCGGUCAUCAACGCAGCUCUUCAGAUACGCAGGCGUUUCGCGAGCGUACGAAGAGAGAUGCACGGGCCGAGUUGCAACGUGAAUUGGAAAAGCUACAGGCGACCGCUCGUGAUGAUAAGAAGGAAAUUACGGGCCGGCAAUUUGCCGGAUUUAAGCAUCUGUUCGAGCGAUUUCUGCAGGAGGAGGGCCCGUCCUUAGAAUGGGAUCACAUUCAAAAACUACCGGAAGAUGCGGUCAAAAAUUAUAACUCUUUACCAACACCGGAAAAUAAUGAAAUAAAAGCGUUACUAAAUAAAUUGGUUGUGGUUAAAUUAAACGGCGGUCUCGGAACGAGCAUGGGAUGUCAUGGACCAAAAUCCGUUAUCGCUGUGCGAAAUGGAUUGACCUUUUUGGAUCUUACCGUUCAACAAAUCGAGCACCUGAAUAAAACGUACAACGCCAACGUGCCACUCAUAUUGAUGAAUUCGUUUAACACAGAUGAUGAUACGCAACGCAUAAUUAGAAAAUACAAGGGAAUUGAUAUAGAUAUUUACACUUUUAAUCAGAGUUGUUAUCCGCGUAUAAAUAGGGAUUCUUUACUUCCAAUAGCGAAGCAUUGUCAAGUUGAUGAGGAUAUAGAAUCUUGGUAUCCACCUGGCCAUGGGGAUUUUUAUGAGAGUUUUCAGAAUUCUGGCUUACUUAAAAAAUUUAUUCGAGAGGGUCGUGAAUAUUGUUUUAUUUCGAAUAUAGAUAAUCUUGGUGCCACAGUGGAUAUCAAAAUUUUGAAAUUGUUAUUAAAUGAAGCACCAGCGUCCAAUCUUGAAUUUCUCAUGGAAGUAACCGAUAAAACACGAGCGGAUGUUAAAGGUGGUACACUCAUAAAAUAUGAGGAUAAGCUUCGUCUUCUUGAAAUAGCUCAAGUUCCUAAAGAUCAUAUUGAUGAUUUUAAAUCUGUCAAAACAUUUAAAUAUUUCAAUACCAAUAAUCUCUGGAUUAAACUUAGUGCCAUUGAGAGAGUACUUGAAAAAAAUGUGCUGAAUAUGGAGAUAAUAGUAAACAACAAAACUUUUGCAAAUGGUCUAAAUAUAAUACAACUUGAAACAGCUGUAGGAGCUGCUAUGAAAUCAUUUGAAGGGAGUAUUGGUAUUAAUGUGCCACGUAGUAGAUUUUUACCGGUGAAAAAGAUUUCUGAUUUGAUGCUUGUUAUGAGUAAUCUGUAUACUUUACGUAAUGGAUCUCUUGUAAUGAGUCCUCAAAGGAUGUUCCCUACAACACCUCUUAUCAAGUUGGGAGAUAAUCAUUUUUCAAAAGUGAAAGAAUUUUUAACUAGAUUUCCGACAAUACCGGAUCUUCUUGAAUUGGAUCAUUUAACAGUGUCAGGCGAUGUUACCUUUGGAAAAGGAGUAACACUGAAAGGCACAGUUAUUAUAAUUGCCAAUCAUGGAGAACGUAUAGAUCUUCCUUCUGGAACAGUUUUAGAAAAUAAGAUUGUAUCGGGCAAUCUACGCAUAUUGGAUCAUUAAUAAAUUUGUAUAAAUGGCUGAAAGAAUAGUAUGUCUGUAUGUUUAGCUAUCAUGUAUCUUAAAUUAGCUAGUCAAGCAACUGUAUAUACACAUAUAUUUUAGGAAAAAAUCGAAGAUAUAUUUCUAUAAAAACUAUUUUACUGAAAAAUAUAUAUUGUACAUAAGAACUUAAUCUUUAAAGUAUAGUAAAUCAUAGAAUAUGUAUUAUGUUAUACAAGUAAUUGAAGUUUAUAUGGCAUAUUAUAAUAA